UGAACUCUAUGUAACUUUGCCUCCAGAGUGCUGGGAUUAAGAGUGUGUGCUGGCCGGACAAUGGUGGCGCACGCCUUUAAUCCCAGCACUCGGGAGGCAGAGGCAGGCGGAUCUCUAUGAGUUCGAGACCAGCCUGGUCUACAGAGCUAGUUCCAGGAUAGGCUCCAAAGCCACAGAGAAACCCUGUCUCGAAAAAAAAAAAGUGUGUGCUGCCCGGCGGUGGUGGCACACAGUUUUAAUCCCGGCACUUGGGAGGCAGAGGCGGGUGGAUCUCUCUGAGUUCAAGUUCAGCCUGGUCUACAGAGUGAGUUCCUGGACAGGCCCUAAAGCUACACAGAGACACCCUGUCUCAGAAAAUAAAAUAAAAGUGUAUGCCACCCCUCAGGACAGCCAGGACCAUGACACAGACAAACCCUGUCUCCUAAACCAAAAACAAACAAAGCAUAUGCCACCAUAGCAGACUCACCCUCACUUUCUCAAACCAGCUCUGUCCUGGGAGCCUUUCCCCCAAAUCUCGACUUCCUGAGAUGGCUGGUCCUGGGCAGCAACUCUGGUACCAAGUCUGUCUGCUUCAGCCCAUCCAGUGACAUAGAGCACCCCGUCACAAUGCUUUGCCUUCUGUUCAUUUUCCUACCUGGAGCAGGCAGGUCCCAAGCCCUCGCUCUGUCUGUACCCUCUGCCACACCAUCAUCCCCCCUCCCAUGUCUUCUAACCUUCCCUUGGCUUCACAGCACCCACUGGAGCCAAGAUUUGCUCCUAUGGCCAGUCCUGGGCAGCCUGAGCCUGGGGAGGGCCAGCAGGAAGAGGAGACAGAGGGAGUCUCAGCAGGGCAUCGUGCAGAAGUGCUGCGGCAGGCCCAGGAGCUCUUUCUGCUGUGUGACAAGGAUGCUAAGGGCUUCAUCACUAGGCGGGACUUACAGGGCCUACAGAGUGAUCUGCCCCUUACACCUGAGCAGUUGGAGGCUGUGUUUGAAAGUCUGGACCAGGCCCACACUGGCUUCCUCACAGCCCGGGAGUUCUGCCUAGGCCUGGGGAAGUUUGUGGGGGUGGAGUGGGCCCAAAGUGGGUCCUCCUUGAGGACGCCCGAGGAAACCUUUGAGUCAAGCACAGGGGGCUCUCUGGAAGAGGACGACGAUGUUGAGACAUUCUGCACUUCUUUAGAGAAGCUGGGAGUGGCCCGGGUUCUGGGCGAGCAAUGGGCGGUGAGAACUCUCUGGGUCGGGCUGCAGCGCGAGCGACCCGAGCUCCUGGGCUCCCUGGAGGAAGUUCUGAUGCGCGCGUCGGCCUGCCUGGAGGCGGCAGCCCGGGAGCGCGACGGUUUGGAGCAGGCACUGCGGCGGCGGGAGAGUGAGCACGAGAGAGAGGUGCGCGGACUCUACGAAGAGCUGGAGCAGCAGCUGGGGGAGCAGCGACACCGCGGCCAGAGCCAGAAACUAGCCCGGGAGGAACAGAGGGGCCACCUGGAAUUGGAGCUGCAGACCCGCGAACAGGAGCUGGAGCGCGCAGGCCUGCGGCAGCGGGAGCUGGAACAGCAGCUUCAGGCUCGGACUGCGGAGCAGCUAGAGGCACAGGCCCAGCACACCCAGCUGCGUAGGGCCUAUGAGGCCGUGCAGGCACAGCUGGAUCAGGCGCAAGUGCAGCUCAGCCGACUGGAGGGCGAAGCGCAGGAUCGUCAGGAGCAAACCCAAAGGUGCCAUGAGGUGCCUGUGGUGAGGGUAGAGGGUCCCUUCCCCCACCUCGCAUCUGGAUCACCACCUUCUACCCACAGAGAUGUGGUUGCUGUCUCCAGGAACAUGCAGAAGGAGAAACUCAGCCUCCUAAGGCAGCUGGAGCUGCUGAGGGAGCUGAACCUGCGGCUUCGGGAUGAGAGAGAUGCCUGUGAGACUAAGCUGCUGGGCAGCAGUCACAGGAAGGCUCUAGCUAUUGCCCACAAGCCUGGGCCCACCUACUGCUGCUGCUGCUGUGGCUGGGCUCGGCCCCCCAGAAGAGGUUCUGGCCAUCUUCCCAGUGCGUGAUGACCAGCCCCAAAUGACUCACUGGAACUUUCUUAUGACCAGUCGGGUUAUGUGUGGUGGUUGCCUGCUAAGUAUGUGGCCAGAAGGCAUCACCUGCCUGAAGGAGCUAACCUCUGAGUGGUCAAACCUUUCCGUCUCCAUCCUGUCUUCAUCUCUGUUUAGAGGACCAAUAAAGGCCACUGACCACUGUA